CUGCGGGCGCCACGCCCGCGCCCCCGAGCCAGCUAGGGGCACCUGGCGCUCGUUCCCGGCGCGCAAGUAGUGCACCGGGGCGGAGGCCGGCCGGCAGUCUUGUGGCCAUCUUUCAUCUCACGCUCGCUGAAGCUGCAGCUUACCUCCGCACGCCCUGGCGCGCGCAACACAUGCACGCUCGGCAGACGCGAAGAUGCCGCCACGACUGGGGUUUGGCGCGCACCGCAUCUCGACUGCAGCCCACGCCUCCGCCCUCCGCCGCUCACUUGACCUCGGGGUGUGCGGACUCAUCGACACUUCGCCAAACUACGGCGAGAGCGAGCGGAUUGUGGGCAGAGUCGUGCGUGAGUGGCGCGAACACAGGGGGAAAGAGCGGGAGCUAACGGUGGUCACCAAGGUUGGCGUCCUGCAGGGCGCCGACCUGGCUGACGCACGGGAGCGGGAGCUGCGCGGGAGGCCGUGGCCGGGCGUCCUCAAGCUCUCUCCUGACGCGUGGCACUGCAUCUCGCCCGAGUACAUCGAGCACAGUGUGUGGCGCUCGUCGGCCGCGCUCGGAUCGCCGCCCGACGUCGUCCUGCUGCACAACCCCGAGUUCUUUAUCGCCGACCAGCUCGCACGAGGCCGCCAUACCGCCGCCGCCACCUCCGCCGCUGCCGUUGCAGCCGAUGACAGCGGUCGAUGCGAGGACCUGUACGAUGGCUUCUACGCCCGCCUCGGAGACGCCUUUGCCGCGCUGGCCGCGUGCCACGGCGGUCGCUUCGGCGUCAGCUCGAACCUCGUCGGCUGCCGGUACGGCGUGAGCGGGCGCGCGAACGACGCGGAGGCGGUCGAGCUCGCGAAGGUCUGUGGUGAUGCCUUUCCCUGAGAACGCACACAACAGCCUCGUGUGCAAUGCCCUGUGUUCCGCGAGUGCGUGUGCCCCGUCGUCCGUGCUAGGACCGUGUGUCCCACUGACUGACUGACUGCUCGCGAAGGUGGUGCGCGCCGCCGAGGAGGGCUGCGGCGCGGCGGCGGAUCGGUGCAGCGUGGUGCAGCUCCCGGUGAACUUGCUUGAGCCCGACGCCGUCGCUGGCAGCGCCUCCGCCCCGGUGGCAGAGGCGAGAGCGCGCGGUUUCACCGUACUGAGCCACCGGCCGCUGCACGCAAUCCCGCCCGCCGAAGGGCUCGGCGGCGGCUUUGGCCUCACCUCGGCGCGCCACUUGACGCUGCGGGACGGGCGGCCGACGCUUCCGGCGGCGGCGCUCGUGCGAAACACCGCGCGCGAGGCGCUCGCGCCGCACCUUCCCGACGCGGCGUCGCUCGCCCUCGAGGACAUCGCGCUGCUCUACGCGAUGCACGCCCCCGCCGUCGACGUCGUCCUAACGGGGAUGCGCAGCGCGGAGUACGUCGACGCCGCGGCGAGGCUGCUGCGGCGGCCGCCGCUCUCGCCCGAGGCGCACGCCGACCUGACCGCGGCGAUGUUGCGCCUCAUCAGCGAGCUGCAGGGCGAGCAGGCUAGCCGAUGAGUCGCAUCUCUGGACUCUGUGUCGAAUGUCGUUGAGUGGUGGCCAUAUAUGAGAGGUUUCAGUGGGGUGGGUACAGUCUACAG